CUUGGAUCUAAAGAAGAUUUCAAUUUUGCAAGCAAAUUAUCUAGUAAGAUAGAUAAUAUACUUGAAGUAAGCUUGGAUUCCUGCGACAAUAAAAUGAGUUACAAAGUCAAAUAUAAAGAGCUCUAUAUAUUUUCUAUGAGUGAAGAGGGUAAUAAUACUCAUAAAGAAGAGAAUAGUGAUAGUGACAAAUCUGAGAAGGGCAAUAUAUAUUAUAAAAUGGUAGAUAUAAUAAAGGUGCUAGAUAUGAUAAAGAAGACAACAGAUAUGAUGAAGGCAAUAGAUAUAAUAAAG